AUGAGCAAGCAUACCAACUUUGGACGCCACAAGAUGGGUGGUCAUGAUGCAGAAGGGCUGAAGAACUUCUGGGAGAAAGUCAUCCAAGAGCAAACCAGACAACGAGAAGGUGAAGAGCUUAGGUUAAGGAAAAGUGCACUGAACAAGCUUCGCCAUGAGUGGACUGAGAGGCUGGAAGGCCGAGUAAAGCAGGUCCAGGCGCACAUGAAAAAGCAGAAAGAGCAGAUGACGUUGCUGUCUAUUGAGGCUCUUCCCUCACCAGAUAAAACUGUUGCUUAA